UUAAAGCGCGUGGCUGGUUCAGUGUGCACGUCAUACGCUCGCCGCUGGCGCUUCAAUUUAGUUUGUAUUCAGCGCACAUACAACUCCUACCGAAAAGGCAUGGCGUCCGUCACUUUAGGACAGCACCCUGCUCAACACCACCUCGACCCGGAUCAGCAACUUCUCCACAAACUGAAGUCGAGCGACAGAAAGAAAUUCUCGCGUAAAUGGUCGCUGGAGAAGAUCAUGCGAAACAGAGCGAGUGAUAUGGACAGCGCGAGAGCCGCAGUCUCAGCAUCGCUCGUGUUAUUCAAUCACGAGCCGCCUUCAGCAUCACACAACCGAGGCAGUAAUGCCGGUUCGCCACGUAGUAGCAUGAACGGAUCUAUUGUGGACAUGAACCGAGAGAACGCUAACAAUAAUAACGGAAUAUUUCGCAGACACAGCGCCGGGAGCCGGAGAAGCUCCGUGAAGGACACAGCAAAGACCCACGCGUCUUCAUCACCACAAGAAGUUCGCAAUUCGUCAAACUUCAGCUGCCCGCCAGACGAACUGGAGGGACUGCAGAUCGAUAGGCUGACACAGGCAAAGUCAGGAGUAGUGAAGAUGAGAAACGAGCCUCUGAGGAUGGAGGCAUGGUCCAUCUUCACCCAGAGAGACCCGAGGGUGAAGGCGGAGACGGGAGAGGGCCACAUCUUCACCUCCAGGAGUCUGAGCCAGGACUGGUGCGACGCCUGCAGCCGUCAGAUCAGCAGCACUGCACUCAAGUGUCAAAACUGCAGCUACACAUGUCAUUUGGAGUGUCAGGGGCUUGUUCAGCUGGACUGCAACCAACUAGACCAGCGGACAGAGGACACGUCUACUCCCACUUCACAGAGGCCCAGUGCCAAAGACCCUCAGGAGACGAGUGUCACGAAAGAGGAAGAGGAAGACAAGCCAACAUCCCUCACAGAAGAAGAAAUUAAAGCAAAAAUAGAUGACUACAACUCCAAAGUUACAGAGAAUGGAAUGAAAUUAAGCUCAGAUGGCACAUACACUGGUUUCAUAAAGGUUCACUUGAAGUUGCGCAGGCCCGUGACUGUACUUUCUGUGGACGGGAAGUUACCAGGAACGUGUUCCUCUUCUGAUAGUUCAGAUAACCGUGCAUCCUUUUACCUGCCCAGCGAUGCCGUUAAGCAGCUACACAUCAGCAGUACCACCACGGUCAGUGAGGUCAUCCAGGGCCUGCUCAAGAAGUUCAUGGUGCAGGAUAACCCACGCAAGUUUGCCCUCUACAGCCAGACCCGUCGAGACAGCCAGGAUCUUUUCCAGAAGUUGCCAUUAUCAGACUGCCCACUAUACUUGAGGCUGUUAGCAGGGCCUGAUCUAGAGAACUUGACGUUUGUACUCAAGGAAAACGAGACUGGUGAAGUGGAGUGGCAUGCAUUCUCAGUCCCGGAGCUGCAGAACUUCCUCAUCAUCCUGGAGAAGGAGGAGAAGGAGCGUAUGCGGCAGGUGGAGCAGCGUUACGCUGCCUACAGGGAGAAGUUGCUACAGGCUCUAUGUAAGGUCGAGGGCAAGCCGGGCUAAUAUAGGACACCGAACCUCCUUCACCCCAGUGAGCCAACGCCGGGCCAGCCUGGAGGACCAGUAGCCCAACAGACGAACUCACAAAACCUCCACUCAGGACUUUGUACAAGCUCUCAGCAUGGCUCUAUGACCUUUAACCCCCAAAGAUGGGCAAAAGGAUCGAGACAUGACUAAGACGAAGAGGAGGUUGGAACUGAAAGAUUAUACUUCAAGAAUAAUCCUUCUCUCUGGAAAUGGCACACUGUUGAAUGCCCAGGAGUCUGUUUCUGGCAGUCAUGCUUUUUGAUAUUUGAAUGGGUUUCAUUUCAGUUUCUCUUUUACAUCGACCCUGUCUGUCCGUGUCUUUUUAUAUGCUGCUGCUAUUGCUGCUACUGCAAGUGUUACUUAAAGCAUGACUUUCCCUUACGUCUCUCUGCUUGUGUCUACCGCAUGUCCUCUAUCAGGGAAUAUCUAUAUGAAAGAGGGAAGUAAAAAAAAAAAGCACUUCCUGUCCAAAAAGAAAGUCGGGAGACUUAAGUUAUAGAAACUACGAUGCCUGCAAGAUAUCAGAGGACAAAUAGUAACCUUGUCCAUAUAUCAAAUUACACAGUUUAUAAACAAUUAUAACAUGCUACUGUAAAAAAAAAACUAUGAAUUAUAGUUGUUUAUACUGGAGAUUUUCUUAAUAUAACUGCAGUUGUACUGUAUUAGUGAUAAUGUUUCACCCUACAGCUCACAGAGUCUCUUUCUUUCUAUUUAAAUUAUCAAAAUGGCUGCACAUUUCUAUAAAAACGCUGUCAUAAAACCCACUGACCACUGCAUCUAUAUAAAAAAAAGAGUUUGAAUAGACCUGGGCUGCUGAAGCUGCUCAGACGCAGACAUUUUGAGCUCCUCGAGAAAUGUGAAAUGGCUGAAUGGCCCCUCAUCCAUUCAGGUGUCCCAUGAUAGCUUUUAAAAACACUCAGCACUGACAAAUCACCUCAGUCUCUCAAGUGUGCUGCUAGUUCUUAAUGUGCAGGGAGCAUCGGUGGAUGUGAGGAUUGUGGGUUGUGGUUAUCCGGUAAGCUUUUCUGAAUCACUUCAGCUUAAUACACAAGGUCAUGUUAGAUUAAAGGCCAUCUCCUAGAUCAGCACUCUGAAAAGCUCCAAACCACAAAGAUCUCAAUCUGUAUUACACCAAAGGAAAACAGAACAAGUUCCCUAUUUUGUAAUUACAAAGCUUUUUGCAAGGCAAUAUAGGGAUCUUCCUGCUAAUGUAAAGUGGAGUCAGGAUGUCUGUGAUUUGCACAACAGCCCACUGAGUGGUCAGCCAGUAUGUAGAGUAGUCAAUAUUAUUUUAUACAGGGGACAUGAGAUGGAUUUAACAACUUGCCCUCUUUUUGUUUGCUUUGAAAAUCUGCAUUUAAAAGGUUUUUUUUUUUUUUUUUUUUUUUUAUGUGCAUACUUUGGUCUGCAAAAUUAUGAAGGUGCAUGUGAAUUGAAUGUGUUUUUGACACUGGGGGAGUUUUAUUAUUUGUGAACAGCAUUCGAAAGCACUGAAGCAGUAUUCCAUAUUUGGUGGUGGAAUAACUGUCAGCAUUUCAAUUUGAUGUUCCAGGCACUGAUAUAUCAUUUCUCAUCUCCCUUAAAAGCACAUUUAAGUCCCAAUCUCUUAAAGAACCACGGGUUGUAAUUUUUGACCAGUAUGUUAGUAGUGAUGGCACUUUAGAGUCGUUUCUAUUUGGAUCACUGUGCCCAUGUGCUCGGCCUGUAUAUUUUGAUCUUGUAUGGGUACACGUCCUGGUGGACUGAAAGUCUCACUUCUACCCUUAAGCAAGCGGAAGGGCAGUGCCUUUAGUCUCUGUGUAGCUUAUCUUGACUGUGUACUGUACAUAUGCUCUAGAUGUCUGGCCCUAUAACUCCACUUUGAGAGAUUUCACACACAUUUAGUGGCAGUAGCCAGGUGCUUUCAAUGUCAGUCAUUAAGUCCAUGUGGGACUUUUUGGGACUAGCGUUUAAAAUGUUGAGUGUGUGUGUGUGUGUGUGCGUGUGUGUGCGCGUUUAAUUUAUUUUUUUGGCUCAGUUUCAGUGUGUGUAAACUUGAAUAUGUGGACAAAUCAGUACUAUCGGGCAAUCUUUUUUGUUGUUUCAGAGUAUUAAAUGUUUAAAAUGUCUAUAAAACUGUAAAUAUACUCAAGAAUUAAAUAAAAGGUCACCCUUUCAUGGAAA